AUGACAACUGAUCAAAAGCAUUCAUCUGAUAAUACACUUACUGAGCAAGAAGCUAUCAGACGUACAGAGAAAAUAGCCCAGAUAUUUGAGUUAUAUGAGCAAAAUUCAAAGGUGUAUAAUAUGCUUUUUGGAGAAAUUGGGGUGUUAGCGAAAAAGCUAGAUGAUUAUCAUUCUGAGUAUAUCAGCUUAAAAAAGAUGAUAAAAAGACUGAAAAGAGAUGUAGAGUCUCUAGAGACUGAAUUAGAAGAUUUAGAUGACUGUGUGGAUAAGAACACUGUGGUUGACUUAAUAUAUGAAAUAGUUCCCUUGCUAAUUAAUGAAAAAGGUAAGAGUUCCUUCAAUUCGUUCAAGAUUUCUGAAGAAUCUGAUUCGGCUAAGAUAUUUGAG